AACUGAGAGAUUUCAUUCAAAUAGUGUCAUCCAAACACCAUUCCAAAAUUUGUUUAAAUAUAUACCAACCCUUCUCUCCCCCUCACCAAGUCAUGUCGCGAUUGACGUCCAGGGAUGAGGUUCCCCGAGACCGGAAUCUUGCUCAGGAGCUACGUCAGGAGAUUCACCGUCAUUCGCAGGAGAUUAGCUUCAACUUUUGGCAGGAGUUCGAGCACAUCCGCUCCACGCAGCAAAGGCGAAUGGCACAGGAGCGCUUGCAGCGCGAAAGGAUUAACACAAUGAUGCGGGAUGGAGAGGAGGCGGCGAACCAGGAGGCCGAGGCCUUGAGUCGGUCGAUUAGUACCCAGGGCAUGACCAUGGAAUCCACUAUGCUACCGUCGGCCAAUGUCACAUCAGAGCCACAGGCCACGAGCAUUGUCACGAACUCUCUGGUCCAGGCGGUCAGAAAUGUGUCGCAACAGAUGAGUCCUUCGGUCAAGCGUCGCAGCCAGCCCAAGUCAAGCCAAGCGUCAAAGACCUCCAAAUCAAAGCCGAAACCCAAAACAGAGAGUGAGGCUUCGAGGAUCUCCCCGGCAUCCUCGAAUAUUCCAAGGGCCCCGCCCACCUCCAGAGCCACAAUGGUCUCGCCCAAUAUUUCGAACCGUACCAGUCCAGAUAUAUCCAAGAUCCGGUUAGCUAACAAGCCCAAGAAGUAACAAUUAAAGCUCAUAGCUCUACAAAAUUAAUAUACUCUAAUGGAUUCGGAAUAAUUUUAAUUUUUUCUUUUAAAGGUUGACGUGAAAGUAACAAAUGUCCAAACGAAUUAAGGUGUUUUAAAAUCAUUUAAAUAAAAUUAAAGAAAUGAAUAAAA